GAUAAGCUUGCUACUUGUGUUUUGCCUGUAGCAGGAUUGGUGUUAGAAUGAAUAGGAAGUUUGAAAAGGAAGUGUGAAAAUAGACUAAAGACAGCGUAAUGUUGAUAGUAAUCAUUAUGCUUCUUUACAGAGAAGAUGAAGAACUCUCUGCUGGCAGCUAUCUUUUUACUUGUUAGAGGCUCCUGCCGCUGCUCAGCGCGGGACUCUCCGUUCUGCCGGCAGCUGACAGAUUGGGACAAUGAAUUGGUGUGUUACAAGGAAUUAAGUGAGGAUCUAACCUGCACCUGGCUGCCAGUACCUAGUGCUGCAAAUACAGUUAAUUAUACUGUAUACCUAAAAUGGAACAAAAUACGAAAACUUUUUCAGCGAAACACAUCAUCACCUUCCAUCACAAUAGAGCGAAAGAAUCUCUACAUUGAGAGAUUUGCAACCAUUUGGAUAGCAGUGAAUUAUGACAAUAACACCUGUGCCAAAGGAAGGAACAUCUCAGUUUUACCAAGCAAAGCAGGAAAGUGCUUGUCACCAUCUAACAUAAAUGCUUAUCAGAUCACAAACCAAUUGAUAAUGAAGUGGGACCUGCCCACAGCUCAUACACCAUAUGAGCUGAGAUACAGAGAGGCACUCACAGAAUCUGCUCCAUGGACAGUGGUGCCUGUAGGAAGUAAUGUUUCCAACGUCACCAUUUCAAAUUUAAAUGCUAUGUCUUCAUACAUUGUUCAGCUCAGAUGCAUAACCAAGGAUGAUCUCAAAUGUGUUUGCAUUUGGGGCAAGGAGAUUUUGGUCCCUCACAAACUCAUGAACAAGCCAAGAAUAUCAUAUAAUGUAACUACACAAGUCUCUCCAGGAAGAAGAAGUGUUCUCUUGAAGUGGGAGGUAGCACAAAGUGAGAAUAUCCUUGGAUAUUUUGUUAAUGUGGAAAGAAUACCCAACAGUUGCAGCCAACCACCACAUCACAUCUCUCUCAAAGACAGAAAAAUUCUUGUUAAUGUCUCCAUGGCUUACUACAGACUUAAUAUUUCUGCCUAUAAUGAAGCAGGAGAAUCUCCACGAGCUAUCUACAUUGUUCCAGAAUUCCCUGUAACAGACUUGCCUGGUCAAAUCCAUGUCAAAAGCCAGGGAACAAAUGCAGUUGUCACAUGGACUCCAGAAUACAAACCAAAAUGUUUUGUGGUUGACUGGGGCACUAGUAAAGAGAAUAUGCACAUGAAAAUAAUAACUACGGCUACUGGAAAUUUCACAUUAGACAAUUUUCAGCCAUAUAAGUUGUACAAAAUAAUGGUACAUGCAUCUGAUGUGUGUCAGUGUGAAAGUUUCAUAAAACAUGAAAAGACUUUUGGAGUGACUCACUUUUACUUCAUUGAAGGAGUUCCUAGGACUGGUCCAGCUAAUGUGACAAUUCUGAAUAUCACAAAGCAUUCUGCACUUGUGAAGUGGACUGAAAUACCUGCAGAAGACCGUCUGGGCUUUCUCCAGGGAUACAGGAUCAGUUACACAGAUUCAUCAACGAAAAAGUCUCCAGCUGUUACUCUCAACGCUUCUAUCACAAGUUACCAUCUUACCGGACUGAAGGAAAAGACCACCUAUCGUGUGCAGAUUUCAGGAUUCACUAGUGCUGGAGAAGGACCUCAGACUCUUUCACAGCCUUUCAGCACUCCAAAAUAUGAUAAAGGAGAACUUGAAGGUUUUGUGAUUGGUCUUUGUUUCAGCAUGGUACUCAUUCUGGUUUUUGCACCUCUCACUUGUUCUCUGGUGAUUAAAAGGCUGAAAAUAUCAUAUUGGCACAGUGUACCCACCCCAGGAAACAGCACUGCACUCCAGGAUAUGACUAAUUGGAAACGCGUUUCAGGAACACUGCUUCAGGCCCUGUCAGACAAUGAUACCACCAGCCUUUUUGUCAUAGAGCAUGAAUCAAAGGUUCCUCUGACCCUAGAUCUCUCCAUAGAUGGUGGAGAAGACAACAAGCAUGACACCUGCCAGUCAGAAAAACCUAGCAAUAGCAUAGACAUGAGUCCAAGGCAUGAAGAAAUCCCUGCAGAAGCAGUGACAAGUGAAGAAGACACCAUUUCCAUGGAAGUACCACUCUUGAGUGACUAUGCCAGCAUGGAGUUUAGUCAGAAAGCCCUGAUGGGUCUGGCAAUGAGCACACCUGAAAGAACUGCUCAUCCUCGUCUGAAAAUGGAACUAAGCAGUAAGCCAGCACAAACUGUGCAGAAGGUUUUGUUUGCUUCCCAGGACUACCUCAAACAAAGCCAGGUGGUACUUCUGCCAUCUGGACCAAAUUUCAUGGGACAAGCCAAUUAAACCUGAAGCAUCUUCAUUAUUUUCCUUACCAUAAAAUGAAGUUCCAAGUCUUGUUGUACGUCAGUGGAGCCACUAGGACCAUAUGGGACAGUGAGCUUGUGACAAUAAUUAUCUCCACUAUAGUAACUUUCCUUGGUGAAAUAGAUUGAUUGUAUUAUAAGAUUAGCUAUUUCAACACAGUCGUCCAGUGGAAAAGUUCAUCUUCACACGCCAAAACCUUUAGUGAUUUACAUGAAAAAUCUUUCAGUAAAGUACCUCUUGCAUGAUAUUUUGUUCCAGGGCAUUCAGGAGCCAUUCAAGGUUUCCACUCUAAGCACAAUGUCAUUGUAGACAUCAGAAAAAUUCUCUACUCCCUUUGACCAGCUUCGGAUCUGAUUUUCAGAUCCAGUAAGUUCUUCGCCAAAAAAAAAAUUACAGCAAAAGUGUCCACCGCUUCAAAUUAGGAAUCUAAAGUUUGCUUAUUGAUCCAUGAAAAACACCAUUAGUGCUUUACAUUCCAGAACUUUACACCUUUAUUCAUUGUAGAUAAAUAGUGCUGUGUAAGUGAAGAUGAUAAUAAGUUUCAUUAACAGUAUUGGAGUUGUUACUUGUAUGAAAUUAAGGCUAUUUCCUCCUACAAUUGCCCACACAUUCAGAAAAACCCAUCCAAAAUUUGUGAUGAGGUGUAAUUGCAGAUAUAUUUUCACACUGCAAUGACAAUAACUGUUAAACAGACUUCAGGAGCUGAACAUGGAUUUCAAGUAUCCAUACCUCCCAAGAUUGCCUGGAAGAGGAGCCACUAGAAUACAGGGGAUAAAAGGGUCUUCCUCAAUAUGCUGUCUAUGCAACUCCAUCAUGUAUCUCCACAAUGCAAGGAGUCUCAACCAUUUUCAGGCUUACAAGAGUUUCUCAGUCAUGAAAUCUCCAACCAUUAAUGGUCUGCACUUAUUGUAGAAGACCCAGUUUAUUGUUGUUGUCUCAAGUUUAAGGAGUAUUUUAUUAAAAUUGCUUUGUGGAGAAAGAAAUUGAUCAACUGUAUCAUAAGCACCAGAGAAUCCAUAGAUGGAUAUUUUAAAAAAUUUUCUCAUUAAAAGUGAAGGAUGAUUGGCAUUCACGCAAAUAUUUCCACUCAUAUCAGGCAGCAUGAAUGAUAGAAUUAUAGAAUAGCCAUGCUCACAAAAACUCGGAGAAAUUCCAUAUCCCCACUUCAUUGAUUCAGUGAGAAUCCAAAACAAAACCUAGUUUAUUAAUUUUCCUUAUUUAUAUUCACUGUCUCUUUGUCUGUUAAGAUUACCAGGAACAAACCUGUAUUUCACUGUGGGUUAUGCACUGUAUUUUUUCUUAGCACUUAAAAUUCCUUCUUGUCCCACAAAGCAAUGUGCACUCAUAGCUGUUAAAUCUUGCAAUUGAAACAAGAGGUAAGAGAAGCACACCCUAGAGACUGCACAACUUUGGACAGCCCUUUAAAUAUCUUUCUUCUUUUUCUGAACUUUAAUUUGGUGACUUUGCCUAAUUGAAUUUAAGAGAAUGCAAAUGAUCCUGCUGUUAGUGGAGCUAUUUUUACUGAUAAUAUCAAGUAGUGCUAUUGAAAUGCUGUUACAGACAAUGAAGUCCUGAUAUAUAAUCUUUAUCAAGUAGUCAUAAUUUGCCCUUUUCCAGAAUAAAAUAAUUAUCCAUGCUCAUUACUUACAGUAUUUCUUUCAUUUCUGGCCAAAGAAACUUAUUUUUCUGGUGCAUACCUUCAAUAGUUUUACUCAUCCCUGUAAACACCAAAUUCUUCUUUUUGUACUCUGGAUCUAACAAACCAAUACGUAUUAUUCUGUUAUGGAUAAAAUAUGUAUAAAGUAAGCAAGUAGAACCAAACUAAAGCCUUGUAAGCAGUUCCAGUACAUGAAACAUGAAACUCAAGAGACAGAUUGGGCUUUUAACCUGGUGAUUAUCAACUCCACUCUACUAGCCAUUGCCUGACAUCUUAUUACAGACAAUUCAUAUAGCAGAACAGGAGAGUUCCACCCAUGGAUAUUAAAUAGAAGGUAUAGAUGCAUUCUACUUUCAGUUAUAAAGUUCAAAAUAUAUGUAAUUCUUAAUUGAUCUCAUUAGAGCAAUAUUUGCACAAUGGCCAUAAACAGUACAUUUGGGAGAAUAAGAGAUACAUAUAAAAUCCUGGUGUGGAGAUUGGAAACAAAUUCAAAACCCAUCUCAUUAUGAUGUAUACUUUGGGAGCAAAGAAAGAACCUUUUAUGUGGAGAGAAAUAGAAAAAGCACAUUUACUAAAUAGUUUCAUGGAGCCAAAAAGGAGGUUUAGUUGGAAUAAUGUACUUACUCUGCAAUACAAGAGACAUACCAUGUUCAGGUCUUCGGGUUAGGGAAAUACAGAUGUCUGUGGUAUCUGUUUUUGGUUGGCUCUCCUGUGGAGAUUUUUAUUUCAGUUAGAAUGGUCCUACAACAAUUAUCUAGUUGUACUCUCUGACCUCUUCAAGCAGUUUAAAAAACAGUGACUGCAGAAACCUUCUUACACAAAUAAACAUGUAAGAUACUUGAUUCCAUGUGUUAUAGUACUGUUCAAGUGGUUAGUGUAGUGUUCUUAGCAUCAAUAUUCUUAGCUUCAAUAUAUGUUAUGUGGAGUGAAAUUGCAGAUGUGAAAGCUCAGGACCACAAAAGACAAGGUAUUUUAUAAUUAAAUUUUUGCUGCUUUUUCACUGUCAGCAUAGCUCUGGAUGAUCACUGUCACCAUUAGUGAGAAUUUAGACAUGGUGAAAGCUUAGACAACUGUAGGCCUGGAAGCACAUCAUCAUCAUGAUUUAUAGCAUGGGAUAUUAUACUGUAAGGUUACAGUACUUUAUCAUUCUAUAUUUACAUAAAAAGGAAAGUAAUACUCAGUCUCUAAUACAGCACAAAACUAGGUUAGUAUACAUGUAUUUUUCUGGUAUCCAGAGUAGAUGUUUCUUCUUGCAUGAGGAGUUUUUAUUAUUUUAAUUUGUCAUAUUUUUAAUUUAGUGCUUAAAGUCAGACUACACUGCAGUAGUUAGCUCUGAAAAUUAAUACUGUAUCAGACACAAAACAAACAAGGACUCACCCUGGAACAGGACAUUGCAGCAACAACAAUACUGUAGAGGCUUAUUCUGCAUUAGUUAACAAGUGAAUAAUAAUGUCUACCAAAUAUCUACAAAUUCCCCCAGAAUCUAAGCCUUUAAGCUCAGAGCCUUAACCCUUUUAGUCACUUUUAUGGCACAAUAGUAUCUGCAUUUGAGCAGAGCUGUCUGGAAAGCAGAGAACACAGGGGCAUCCUGUCAACUCAAGUCAACUGCAGUUAUUGCUACAAAAAUUGUCAAAUAAUGAAGCCCUUCAUGAAAGACCUCUGGUUACAGAAGAUACUCUUGGCCCAGUGUCAUAGGUUUGUGGCUUGCCUGUUUCUCUCACUCAGUGGUGCUAUGUGUCUGCCACCUGAAUGAGGUUAAAUGAGUUCUGGUACAAUGUUGAUGGAAUUUGUAUGAACCUGGAUAAUGAAAAUAGUGACACCUUACACCACUCACUUUGAGCACUGUUUGUAGAAGACUGCUAAGAUAAAUCACUCCAUGCCAGUGGUGUUGGGAUGGGAAUAAUCUUAUCCUCAUAACUAUUUCAAUUCUACAGCAGAAGCACCAGCUUGAUAAUAAAACUAAAAACAACCUGCUGUGCUAGAAAUGGUCAUUUCCAUCACACAUCCUCAGAGACCCCUCCAGUGCUUCACAGAAUCACAGAUCAGUGAGGCUGGAAACGACCUUUAGGAUUGAGACCAACUGAAAACUUAAUAUGGCCAAGCCCACCGCUAAACCACAUCCUUAAGUGCCUCCUGGGAUGGUGGCUUAACCAGUUCCCUGGGUAGUGUGUUCCAAG